AUGGCAACUUGGGGAGCCUACUUUUCCUCCUAUGUCAAGAAGACUCCUGGGAUAACGCCCGCAGACAAAGAGAAUGAACCAAUAAUUACACCCAUCGUACCACUAAACACCAAUACUGAUGUGAAAACUAUCGAGCCCUUACUCCUUGAGGAGGAUGGUUCAGUACCAAACCCCAGCGAAGAUGUGAAGAAACGUUUCGAUGAAAAGUUGGGAAGUGUGGGGAAUCUUGGGAUGGGCACAGCUUCCAUAACGAGAAUGCCGACGUUAAAAUCUAAUAGUAGAGGAGCAAGGAUGGCAAAGAUGUUUGGUUAUGGUACGCCGAAGGAAGAGAAGGUCGAAGAGAAAAUUGUGGAGGAUAAAGGGGAAGUGGAUUCUCCUGUAGAAGAGGAAGAGGUAAAGGAGACAAAGAUUCAAGCAGUGCCCGAGAUGAGCAAGAUCGAAAAGAUAAUAACAGAGAGAAAAGCUGCUGCUAUCGGGUCGAGAUCUGUUUCUCCAGAAAAUGAUCAAGCAGUCCAGGCGACGCAACCUGUGCAACCUGUCAAGCCUCUUGAGCCUUCUCAACCUGUGCAACCCGUGGAACCUGUCAAGCCUCUUGAGCCUUCUCAACCAGUCCAAUCGCCGCAACCUGUGCAGCCUAUCAAACCUAAUGAACCUUCUCAACCUACGAAUGUUCUGCGAUCUCUUCAACUUAAGCAGCAGUCGAAACCUAUCGUCUCAGUGCAAACGCAGCAGCCAACAGAGCCUGUUUCACCGACCGACUCAGAUCCCUCUCGAAAAUCGAUGACCGAGACACCUAACUCCAUGAGUCCAAACACACCUAUUUCAACAAGGUCAUCAUUCAAGGGGGCAAGUUCCUCGACGAAACGGGCUUCCACUCGCAGUAAGACUAAAGCUUCAAUAUCUGCAUUGGAUGAUCUUUUGGCUGGUUUUGGUGAAGAAUUUAUGUCCAAUCCAUCUACUCCAAAACCAGUCGAUAAUGAGAAAGGAGUUGAAAAGCCAGCUUUGGGUAAGCCAAGGAAUCAACGGAGACCGAAGGCGUCAGUCUCAGCACUGGAUGAUAUUAUGGCUGGAUUGAAUUCGAUGGAACCUGCGGUAGAAACUCCAACUACACGAAAAUCGACAGAAGUGCGAAAAAGCGAGAUGAGAAAAUCUGGAAUAUCGACAACUGGUAAGGAGCCGGAACCGAUUCCGGUAGUUAUUCCUCCGGCUCCGGAAACUGCCAAAGCGGUAUCAGAAUUGCCAAAGACAGUCUCACAGAGUAACGCGCUAUCAAAAAGGAAAUCGAAAGCAGUGACGAGAUUUCCAGUAGUAGUAUCCGAAGUCACCAAAACCAUUCCAAAUGUUCCAGCACCUAUAGUGACAACUAGACCAGUUCCUUCUCUCCUAAAAGAUCAACUAAGUCCUCUUCCCCCAAAGACCCAAACAGUUACCACUAUUCCACGCUCACCCAUGAUAAAUGGUCAACUAAGCCCCAUUCCACCUCAAUUCCGUCUUCGUCCCAAGCGUUCCUUUCAAGAUAUGGUAAAACUUGCUACCUCACCUCGAUUUGUACAAAUUGCCGAACAGGCUAUUGAAGCUGAAGCCGAAAGAAAAUUACUUCAAUAUGAAAGACAAGCCGAACAAAUAUUACUUGAGAAAGAAGAAAUGGAAGAGGAGAGAAUGAGUAUGGAAGAAAAUUUGAGAAGAAUGCAAGAAGAAGAUGAGAGGAUCGCUAAGGAGGCGAAAGAAAUGCAGGCUUUCUAUGAGGAACAGGAAAAGAUACGAAUUGAGACUGAAGCUGAAGAAGAGAGGCUAAGAAAGGAGAGGGAGGAAGUUGAGAGACAGGCAAGGAUUAAGAGGGAGAAGAGAGAAGCGGAAGAGAGAGAAGCUCAAGAGGAGGCGGAGAGAUUAACAGCACAGAUUAGAGCCUUUGAGAGAGAACAGGAGAGGCUAGCUGAGGAGGCAGCUAGAAAAAUGAAGGAGGAAGAAAGAUUAGCGGAAAUUGCGAGGAAAGAGGCGGUUAAGAAGUUUGAAGAAGAAGAGAGACUUGCCGCGAUUGAGAGACAAGUUCAAAAGGAGAGAUUAGAGGAGGAAGAAAAAAUUUCAGCGAUCAAGAGAAAGGCCGAGAGAGAGAGAUUAGAAGAAGAAGAACGUUUGGCUGCCGAGGAGGCAGCAAGAAGAUAUGAGGAAGAAGAGAGACAAGCAGAAAUCGAACGCCAGUUGGAAGAAGAGCGAUUAGAAGAAGAAGAACGACUAGCUUACGAAGAACAACUACGCGAAGAAGAAUUUGAAGAGCGUCAACGAGAAGAAGAGGAAAGAAUUUAUGCCGAACAAGCUCGUCAACGCGAUGAAAGAAGAGAUCGAGAAGCAAGAGAGAGAAAUGAAAGAAUGGAGGCUCAAAUGAGAGAGGAAGAACGGUUAAGAGCUGAAAGAGAUGAACAGGAACGAUUACAAAUGGAAGAGGAGGAAGAGGAAAGAAGGGCUUAUGAAGAAAGAAUGGAGAGACAAAGACAAAGAGAUGAAAGAGAAAUGGAAAUGAUGAAGAGAAGGGAAGAGCAGGAACGUGUUGCAGAACAGCAACGAUAUGAUGCACAAAUGGAAAUGGAAAGAAUGGAUAUGAUCGAGCGGGAAGAAAGAGAGAUGAUGAGAAUGCAGCAGGAAAGACAAGAAGCGGAAAUGGAUAUGGAAAGAGAAGAAGCGAUCAGAUUACAGAGACAACAACAAGCGGAUGAAUUCCUUGGAGAAGAUGACGACGAGGAGGAAGAGAGACCUUUGACGAGAGAAGAGGAGAUGGCAAAGGCGGAAGAGAAAAUCAGGAUGGCGUUUGCAGGAAUGGCGGCAGAGAGAUCUGGGAUGCCGAUGCCGAUGCCGGUGGUGAGGAAGGAGGAGGAACCACAGUUCAUGAAGCCGCCAAGACAAUUGUCACAGAGACCUUCGAUUAAGGGGGGUUUGCCGGGAGGACCAAGGUACGGGAUUACCUGGAGGACCGAGGACGGGAAUGGGAUUACCUAG